UGGCAACGGGAGGGGAAUGUUGUCAUGCCCUCAGCUUUUGUCGUUUUUCGAUUUUUCUCUGCAUUUUCCUCUCGGCGGAAUGAAGCCGUGGAUUGGUUAUGGUUUGUUGACUUUUGGUGGACCGAUGUCUGUUUGAGGUCUGAGGUUGCAGAUAAAUUGUGUCCGUGACCUAGGAACACAUUAAAGUCGCCGGAUUUUCUUUGCUAUCGCCCUUAAUGUUUGAAAUACCUUCAUGUUUUGUGCUGUGACAUAUACUCGAUCGAAGACCUAUUUUUAGUCCCUUCUCCCUUCCCUUGUUUUCAUGUCAUGCUAUAUGAUAUCAUGAAUGAUGAGAAAGGACCAUAAACACACCUUGUUUCAAGUACAAUGUAAUUUAGGAGCUAAUUAAGGUGUGUUACUAUCUCUUGCUUUUUGAUGAUCUAUUUAUUCAUCUUGUCCCUUAAGCAGUCAAAAUGGUUCGGGUGAUAUCUGUGCACCACUUUGCAAAUCAACAUGUACAAGUCAUUGAACAACCUACAGCUUGCACUGUGGCCCCACCAAAUAGACUGCUUUCAGCACUUAUGAGCAACUGUGUAGAAGUAAGGGACUUGAACAAUGAAUCAGAUGUACUCUUCUCAUUUCCUACAGUUGACGAAGUAAUACAGAUAGUUCACUGUAUUAAUGGCAACUAUGUCGCUACUCUUGAGACCAAAUUCAAUCGUCAGAAUAAGGAGAUUAAUUUUGUCAGAGUGUAUAUCAACUGGGAUAGCAUUGCGACCCUGCAACAGUCGAAAAUGACAAGUAGCGGAGUUAGUCUUGGGUCAUCCGAAUGUGGAAUGGUGCAGCCUAUGAGGGCAAGAAUUGCUGGUAGAGUGACACCCACUACAAAUCAGUCAGAGUUAAGCAGUCUUGAAAUGAUAGAAGUGCCUGUGAAAAAGAAUCCCAAUGCUAUCGAUUGUUGUCAGAUAUCAGGCAACCUUUUGGUACUUUCAGAGAAAACAGUUACCUUGUAUGCGUUUCAAGUGAAGGUUCACGAUAUCUCCAAACUAAGAUUCAUAGACUUUGAAGAGUUGCCACUGACAAUUGAGUUAGCCUUCCACCCUUUGCAAAUUUUGUUAUGUGAAAAUUACAUAGCAUGUGCAAAUAAGGAUAGCAUGCAUCUUUUUAAAAUUCUUGAGAGUGGUAAAGAACCCGCUGAUAUCAAUGGUACUACUGAAAAUGAGUUUAACUUUAUUUAUCCUAAUAAUGGUCCAAUUGACUACAGAAAGCUAUUGAGAGAAGAGAUGUUACAUACCACCAAAGAUAAGAUAACAGUAAAUUUACCUACAAUUGUCAAAGAAAAUAGUAUAAUACACAAAAAUAGUCCAUUUACAUUCAGCGAUAAAGAUAUGAUAGCAACAAUCACAUUGUCUUCUAUGGAAAAUAAAACACAAAACUAUAGGAUAGAAAAUUUAAUACAACUGAAACUUAUACCGAUUUUGAUCGAGAGUGCGCAAAGACAGGUGACAGAAGAAUUCAAAAGUAUAGUGUUAAAACCUCUACACAUAGACCAAAACUUGAACAAAUCCAAAACCGGACCUGAUUCGAGGUUUUUAAGAAGUGAUUAUAAUAAAUGCCUUAAUAGUGUAGUCUGUGUUGUUGCUACACAGCAGGAGGGAUAUUUAUAUCAUUUUGAUGAUGCAGAUCCCUGCAUAGACCGAGAUAACUGUUUGGCAAUAUAUCCAUUUACGGCACCUGUAUUCAAAAUUGUGAUGGAAGAUUACUUUUUACAUGCUCUAACUGAAACAGGCUUGGAAUCAUAUACGCUGAGAUAUGGACAUCAAAUGUGCCGAAAUUUUGAUGUCGUCGAUAAUGUGAAUGCCGCAUGUCCUCCAGUCACGGAUUCAAUAUGUCUAGUUGGUUUGCGACCAUUCUUAGGUGUAGAACAGAUAUUAUUAGCUGAAAACCAUUUGGUGUUGCUUGCAAAUUCCGAAAUCUCACCUGCUCAUUCUGUCAGCUCCAAUAGCAGUUCAAAUGCAUCAUUUCUCACCCUGUACAAUUUGGAAUUGCCUGCCCCAAAAAUGAUCUUCAAUGAUAUAUCGAUAGUGGCUAAUGUUCAUCGUUUCACUUCCGUACAAACCUAUUGCCAUCUGAUGAGUGAGGCUCACAUGAUUUUGAGGAUGGUGGUACUACUAAAAAAAUGGUGCUUAACCGAUGAAAAUGUUAAAUUAGUAGUGCCGGUAAAGCUGAACAACGACGAUGUCAUAGAAACCUACAGAACCUCUUGUGCUUUACUGGGAGAUCAUUUCAUCAUGUGCAAUAAUGAAAACGAAUAUAGUUUAGCAAUACCUUACUACAAAAUGGCAAGAGUUCUUCCACACGAGGUGUUAAGAAGGAUUAAGAAAAUCCAGGAGCAGUCCGGAAAUCAGUCGACCAAAGGUCUGAUGUACUACUUGAAAAAGACCCUAUUGGAAAUAAACUCUGGUGUAGAUGCUGAUAGACUGUUUGGGCCAAAUUCGAAACAAAACUUUUCAGAAGCCAUAUUUGAGUUACUAGAAGUUCAUGGAUAUGAAGAUCUCCCGAAUUUGAUUUUGAAAAGUAGAAUUAUCAGAGAAUACUCGACGGAUAAGCUGAUCAGCAUCUUGUCUAAUAGAAUCUCAGAGAAAUCUCCAAGGCUGGCUGAAAAAUACUUGGCAUUAGCGAUAUUAUAUAUCCAGAAAUGCAAUACCAACAGUGCAAAGGAAAAUAUAGAGAACAUUUCACAGCAAAGCUUAUGCGAUUUGCUUUUAGAAAAUUAUAACCUUGUCUUUGAAACAACAUAUUCACCACAAAGUAAAAGCAAGGGAGUUACCACAUUUUCUGAAUUGACUAUCCUCUUGAUAACAGUUUGCCCUGAAUUACUGUGCACAAUUUUUGUUACUCUAGUCAUUGAUAAGAAGGUUAUCAAUCUGCACAAGUUGCUUAAAGUAUUUAUAGAAUAUUUACCUUCUAGUAUAGGCAACGACUGUAAUUUUGCCAGUGUCGUAUUGCAGAAAACUUUGGAAAACUAUUUCGAGAGGUACUUUUCUAAACCUGAAAACAUAGAUUUGUCAAAAAUUAUAUAUGAAAGGGGAGCUGGAGAAGCUGUUAAACUGCUGGUGAGAUCGUACUUGAGCCAGUUACAGAUAUUGCAAAUGAAGGAACAGCAAAGCAGUAAAGAUGGGAGAUAUGUAGCCACAAAUGAAAACAAUGACAAAUACACCUUCGACGAGGACGACGACUUGAACAAAGAUAGACAUCAAGAAAAAUUAGGUUACAACCAUAUAAGCCAGACCUACUUUGAAGAACAAAAGAAGAAACCGAAAGGCAGCUAUCUCUUCUCUAAUUUUCGAUAUGAGUACCUGGAUAAAAUGCCCCCCUUCCAAAUAGACAUCACCUCCAAGUUGUACGAGACUAGCGUGGAGGAUUAUCCAGUAAAGCAAGAGUGGCAACCUAACGAAGAAGCAGAUUUGGUGUUGAAAAAGUUGCAGGCUUUACUGUGCAGCCAGGUGGUACCAAAACAAGUAAUGACAGAAGUGAAUACGUAUUUGUCCGUCAACGAAAAUCUCAGAGGAAGUGAGAGUUUAAUGUCUAUCAUUAUGGGGACGAACGAUGCAAUUCUGUUGUUGAUUGAUGCUUGUCCGCAGUGUCUAUUACAGUUUGGAAAGGACCGUUUCUGCAGAACGGAUGAGUGGAAAUUCCUUAUAGCUACAGUACAAAGAAGAAUCUUAAGGUUAUCACAAAAUGGGGAUUUGAAACGGGUGUGUUUUUUCCAUAAGAAAAUUCUCAAAGAUAUUCUGACGCACGUGGCGUCAUCCAUGACACUGGAACAACUGAUGCAAGUCUUUCCACAGCGUUUUAGCACGACUAAUAUCGAUUCGAAUAAAGAAUCAUCAGACAUUCUUGAAAAAGCAGAGUAUCUCGAUAGAGAUGCGGAUUUACUCAACGAAAUUCAGACGUACGAACCGUACAUAAUGAUCUGUAAGGAAACUAUGCACGCUAAUCAAAUCAAUAAAUUGAUCACGACUACAGGACAGCAGCUGCUGUGCUCUUUGAAUUUGUGAAUUGGUGCUUCGUCAUUUAUUCUCAAAUCGAACAGUAUUUCCCUUGGUCAGUACCUAUAAUAAACGAACAAGCAAGAAAAAUAUAUUUGUUGACUAUCAUGAUACUUGAUAGUCACUUGUUGUUAGCACCACUUAUGGACUAUGUAAAUUAAGACUUAAUGUAACAAUAUAAGUCUGUCUAUUGCUGAUAUCACCUUUCCAUAAAGAUUUGUAUAUGAAUAACAAAAUUUUUGCACUUUGUAUCAUAUAUUGUUUGUAUAAGCUCACAGACAUACUUUUUUAGUUUUGACUCAUGUUGAAGAUUUUCGUGUCAUCGUAUGAGUCGUCCACAUUUAUGGUUGUCACUUGUCAUGGAUGUAGGACUUACCGUUUAUUGAUCUUCGAUACAAAGGAUUACAAAGAAGAACAAAAAAUGUAAGUCUCAAUUUUGAAUUUCUGUAAAAAACAAACUAAAAGCGUUCACGUUCUUAGAAUUCUUUUAAAAACUACUCUAGUAGCCACAAGUAGUAGUUUUCAAAUCAAUUCAAAAAUGGAAACUUACAUUUUUUUGUUCUUUUUUGUAACCCUUUGUGUGUUUAUAAAUAAAAAACUACAUGCUGCUGGCAAGUAAUGUUGAUUUUGUAAGAUUGGUACAUCACCCAUUAAGAUGAAUUAAUCAUUAGGUGAACACACUCUUUAUUUUUUUUAAUUUCACUUUGUGUAUUACAUUUUGGAGUUUUUACUAAACAAAAAUAAAAAAAAUCUACAUAAUUGAUGCCGUUGGGCUAAAAACAUAGAUAUGCCUGUUGACAAAAUUACAAUGUCGACAAUCGUUGUUGAAUUUAUUGAUAUACAGUGAAAGCUCUCCUUGCGGACAGCUCCUAUAAGCGGCCAUCUCUUUUAACCGGACAAAGUUCCUGGAACCGAAUUUCAGCCAUCAAUUUUCAAUGUUAAAUGCAUUCCGAUAAACGGACGCUCUUAUAAACGGACGCGGACA